GAAAAGAACCAGAAAAUACAAACCCAUUUACAACAACUUCCAACCUUCAAUUUCAACAUAAUUUUUUACAAUUAUUAAAUAAUAUCUUUAAAAAAUCAUAUACAGACUUUCCAAAACAAGAAAAUGAA